CUCUCAAGAGACAGAGGCAAAAUCUCCUUCCCCGUAAGACACUUGAGAAUCCACUGGAUUCCCCUCAGAACAACCCUUUUUUUUCCAGACCAUUGACAGAAAUGCCAUAUUUGUCAUCGACAAUGCCCAUUUCAUUGACCCCGCCUCCUGGAGUAUCAUGGCACCUCUGCUCUGGAACAUCUCUGUCUUCAUGGUCAUGAGCUUAUGUCCCGGCUUUGCAAGAACCGAGAGCUUUCACAAAGCCACAGCAAACAACCUGAUGUCCCAUAAAAUCAUCUGCUUUCAACUAGAGAAGCUGAAACCUUCAGCUGUGGCGCAGAAGCUCUGCCACGACCUUGGAGUGGUCAGCAUCCCUAGGGCUUUAGUGAGGUUCCUGGUCCAAAGAAGCUUGGGGAUCCCGUAUUACUUGGAGGAGCUGGUGCACUUCCUUCGUUGCAACGACAUGCUCUUGUUCCGCACCAAGAAGUGGGGUGAAAAAGCAGAGGACAGCUGGGAGAACCUGAACACUUUUGCAGUCUUGGAGUCAUCCCUCACAGCAAGCUCAAGGUCCAGAGCAGGGGCUGCGGCCAUGAUCUGCAUUGUAAGGCCAGGCGUGAACCUGGACAGCACCAUGCUGCCCAGUAACUUGAAAGAGAUUGUGCUGGCUCAGCUGGACGAGAUCACCCCACUGGAGCAGACAGUUUUGAAGUUUGCAGCCAUCAUCGGGCCGGUGUUCACUACGCAGCUGCUGUCAUACAUUCUUCCGAUUAGAAUGAGGCACAAGAUGACUACCUUGUUGGACAGUCUAGUGAGUGACAACAUCCUCAAGUGGAUGGAGAGCACUGAGGAGCCAGAAGACGUCCAAGAUCCUAGCAAGGAGCCAGCCACCCCUCCGCAGGCAGAGAUUGGUGUGGAGACCUCCCCCCCAAGCAAGCAGAGUGUGGGGUGUCCAUUUGGUGUGCUGAUGUUCCAUAAGCCGCUGCUGCGGGAGGCUGCCUACGAGCUGUGGGUCCAGAAACAGCGGGUCACCCUGCACUCCAAGUGUGCUGCCUUCCUGGAGCGGUAUGCACACAAAUGCCAGAGCUGCGGCCAAGGGGACUUUAUUGUCUUCCACCGCUUCGCUGUCACCAGCACCCAGGACAAAGGGAGCUGUAAGGACUUUGAUGGUGGGGAUGACCCACACACCUGGAAGGCCUUGGUGCUGGCUGGAAAACAGCUGAAGAAGGAGAGGUUUUACAUCUCUGCAGGUAUUACAGAUACUCAGGAGGAGCAGCAGCAGCAGCAAGCUUUUGUGGAAGAGGAUUUUGGUGCGACUGACAGAGAGGACAACAAUGCGCUCUCAUGUGACUGCAAAGGCAUCGUGGAGUCAGUGCUUGUGCCAUUGGUUCACCACUACACAACACUGGGCAAUGCUGCCAGAGCCUUUUACUAUCUUCUGGAGACUGCAGCUGCCUACCUGCAUGUCUCCAACUACUACAUGGCCCUCAGGAAGCUGAGCGAAGCAGAUAUCCUGAGGAACACUCUAAAGAGUAAAGCGAAUGUGAUAUCCCGCUUUGAAGAUGCCACCUUCUUCAGCCUCAAAGGGGAGGUAGCAAGGAAAAAUGUUUCCUUACUGUCCUGGGUCCAGCAGUAG